AUGAUUGGUACAUGGUUUGCAAGUGGAUCAGCAUUUUGUUGGUAUAUCAAAGAAAUUCCUGGAUACAUUAUUUUACGGUUCAAUAAUGAAACAGCAAUUUUACCACCACCAUUCCGUAUAUUUAUACCAUUUGAUGUAACAUCAAUUAAUAGAAUUUUAAUUGUUUAUAUAUGUGAAACACCAGUUAUAGUUCUAAGUCAUUUAAUUAUUUUGACAUCAAUAAUUUAUAGUUUAAUUGUCUCAAAUAUUUGUGCUCAAUUGAGUUUACUUAGUCACAGAAUGAAAAUUAAUUUAUCUGAUAAAAAUGAAUAUAACUUAACAUUAAAAAGAGAACUUUUUUUUAAAAGACAUGUUGAUAAACAUUGCCAAUUAUUAUCAAUUGUUAACAAUAUGGAAAGUGUUUAUUUCUAUCAAUUGGUUUUGGAGCUAUUACAAUUUACUAUUUUAUUGGCAUUAGCUAUUUACAUGUUUUUUAUGUUCCUCAAUAACGGUGAUGUCAUUGGAAUGAUUUCUCUUGGAUUAUACUGUGCUUCUCUUUUAAUGUUUAUAUUAAUUCCCUGUUAUCUGGGCCAAUGUCUAAUCAAUGAGGUUGAUGAUCUUCGAGAAACAUAUUAUGAGUGUUUGUCAUAUAGCAUGUCAAUUGAUGAUAAAAAAAAUUUAUUAAUUUGCAUGAUAACAGCUGAUAAACCACUUCAUAUUACAGCCGGGGGAUUAUAUAUAUAUACUUUGAAUUCAUUUCUUAUGAUUAUAAAAUCAUCAAUGGCUUAUGUUUCAAUGUUACGACAAAUGAAUUGA